UUUCUUUAUUGUUGGGCCGAAUGAGAAGACAGAUGGGCCGUGAUUCCGCCAAAGGAGCCACACCAAUCUAAUAAUUUACAAUUCAAGCAUCACUAUGCUCGAAAAUCUCUCUUUGUUCGCUUUGUGGGGAACGAACUAUGGCCGAGAGAUGGAGGAACACGGCUCUACUCGUCAUCGACAUGCAGAACGAUUUCAUAGAGGAAGGUGCUGUGACGCAAGUGAAAGGAGGAAAAUCUAUAGUUCCUAAUGUUAUCAGAGUCGUCGAACUCGCGAGGCAGCGUGGUAUUCUCGUAAUUUGGGUUGUUCGAGAACAUGAUCGUCAAGGAAGAGAUGUUGAAUUAUUCAGGCGCCAUAACUACAGUUCUGAGAAAGUCGGGCCAGUUAUUAAAGGCACCGUAGGAGCAGAAUUGGUUGAUGGAUUGAUGAUCAACGAAGAAGAUGACUAUAAGAUUGUGAAAACUCGUUUCAGUGCUUUCUUUAGUACCAAUCUUCAUUCCUUCUUGCAAACUUCAGGGGUUACCAAGUUAGUGAUUGCUGGUGUGCAAACGCCGAACUGUAUCCGGCAAACGGUGUUUGAUGCAGUGGCGCUGGAUUAUCCCAAUGUGACUGUUAUUACAGAUGCCACAGCUGCUGCAACACCAGAGAUCCAUACUGCGAAUAUUCUUGACAUGAAGAAUAUUGGAGUCAAGACUCCUACAUUACACGAGUGGUCCGAAGAACUUGCUUGACAAAGACCAUCUUAAGCCCUUCUUUUAUCUUGUUUUCUUGUUUGUACAUGUAAUAAAGAAAAUGUUAAUCUUGUUGUUGUAAGUUACAAAAUCUCCACCUAUUGUUGUAUACUUUUCUUGUAAUCCCGUCCAAAAAAAUAAAAUGUAUUACGUUUAAUAAAAUACUAAAAAUAAUGUCGAAA